AUGGACUCUGAAUCCCCUUCAGUAAAGGCUCAGCUCCUCAUCCGCUCUCUUGAACAAUAUGGCCAGGGAGAUUACAUUGGCGAGUCUAUCAGUCAACUGGAGCACUGUCUACAGGCAGCCAAUUCGGCACAUCAGUCAGGAGCCCGGGAGGAGCUAGUUAUCGCCGCAUUAUUGCAUGAUAUCGGCCAGAUCAUCCCAUUGGAAUCCACCAAGGAAGUUCGCAUGAACCUGCGGGACAGCACUGAGAAUGUUGGCCGCAUGGGCCAUGAGGCGAUCGGAGCCGCCUAUCUUAAAAACCUGGGAUUCAGCGACACAGUCUGUCGGCUUGCCAAUAGCCAUGUGGCCGCUAAAAGAUACCUCACUGCUGUGAAUCGAGCAUACUAUGACGACUUGUCGUCUGCAUCACAGAAAUCACUCGCGUUCCAAGGUGGUCCAUUCAAGGGUAGUGAGUUACAAGAGUUUGAAGAAGAUCCACUGCGGGAUGAGAUGGUCUCCCUCCGCUUAUGGGAUGAUGGGGCAAAGUUGGUCGGCGUUGAAUCCACUACACCACGAGCAUCCGCCUAUCUGGAAAUGAUCACUGCUCAUUUAUCGCGGGCCGACGAGGAAUGA